CGGUGAGCGAGCUGGCGGGGAAGCUGCAGGUGGGGAUGGCGGAGGUGGUCAAGGUGCUCAUGAAGCGCGGCGUCCUCGCCUCGGCGACUCAGUCCCUCGACGCAGACACCGCAGAGGCGGUCGCGCUGGCGUUUGGCGCAGACGUGUCGCGAGCGGGCGACGGCGCCGAGGAGGGCGAGGAGGGGGAGGCGGGCUCGUGGGGCGUGGUCGAGGAAGAGGACCCGCCCGAGUCGCUCGUCCGCCGUCCGCCCGUCGUCACUGUCAUGGGGCACGUCGACCACGGAAAGACUUCGCUGCUCGACGCGCUGCGCACGACCGACGUCGCCGCGGGCGAGGCGGGGGGCAUCACGCAGGCGAUCGGCGCGUCGCGGGUGAGCGUCGAGGGCGGCGGCACGCUCACCUUCAUUGACACGCCCGGCCACGCCGCCUUUGCGGAGAUGCGCGCGCGCGGCGCCAACGUCACCGAUAUCGUCAUCCUCGUCGUUGCGGGCGACGACGGCGUCAAGGAGCAGACGGUGUCGUCGAUCAAGGCGGCAAAGGCGGCGGGCGUGCCGAUCGUCGUGGCGGUCAACAAGAUGGACAAGCCGGCGGCGGACGCGUCGCAGGUCAAGACGCAGCUGCUGGAGCACGAGGUUGUCCUCGAGGAGUUUGGCGGCGACGUGUUGUCCGCCGAGGUGUCUGCCGUCGCGCGCACCGGCCUGGACAAGCUGCUCGAGCAGGUGCAGCUGCAGGCGGAGCUCCUUGACCUCAAAGCCAACCCGGACCGCGCCGCCGCCGGCGUGGUUGUCGAGGCGCGGCAGCAGCUCGGCCAGGGCGCCGUCGCAACCGCGCUCGUGCAGAAGGGCACGCUGCGGGUGGGCGACAUCGUCGUGGCCGGCGCGCAGUGGGGCCGAGUGCGGAGGCUGCAGGACGAGCGCAACGAGGAGGCGCGCCAGAUAGCCGAGGUGCGCCAGCAGCUGCAGCGCGACGCGCGGGCGUCGAAGCUCUUCGCGUCGCGCUCGACCGCCGACCGCGACGCGUUCCUGUCGGGCCCCUCCUCGGAGCUGCCCACCAAGACGCUCGACUUCGUGGUCAAGAGCGACGUGCAGGGGUCUGCGGAGGCGCUUUGCUCGUCGCUCGAGUCGAUUGAGGUGUCGGACGACCUGCUGCGCGUGCGGACGCGCGUGCUGCGCUCGGGCGCGGGCGCCAUCACCGCGGAGGACGUCAUGCUCGCGUCCGUCUCGAACGCGGUCGUGCUCGGCUUCAACUCGGCGGCGGAGCAGUGCAACGUCGAGAUCAAGGAGUACUCGAUCGUGUACGACCUGCUCGACGACGUGCGCGCGCUCAUGUGCACCCACAUCCGACCGCCGCCGAACAAGGCGCUCGGCUCGCUCACGGGCACGGCGGACGUGCUGCAAACCUUCAAGAUUGGCGCCGUCGGGAAAGUGGCCGGCUGCAAGGGUGUGCUGCCCGACCACACCGACGACGUGCCGCGCGCCAAGCGCCGCACGUACUGCAAGGACGACAAAGUGGCGGCGGUGCUCGACGGCACCGUGCGCGCGGGCAGCAACAUCCGCAUCCUCCGCGGCAACGCGGUCGUGUACGAGGGCAAGCUGCUCGCGCUGCGCUACAUCAAAGACGAGGUCGAGCAGAUCGACGCCGGCUCCGAGUGCGGCAUGGCCUUCGAGGGCUUCCAGACGAUGCAGGCCGACGACCGAGUCGAGGCUUACGACCCGAGCGGCGCCGCCGGCGACGACUGAGGCCAGGGGCUCGCCCACCCUCGGGGGUAGGGGAUCCCCGGCCCACCCCGGUCCGAAACCCACAGCGAGCCGGGCUGCAUGCAUGGAGGGGGGGGGGGGGGGGGAGCCUUACGGCGCUGGGGCUCGGGACUAGCUGCACGCCGCCCGGAGAGGAGCUCUGGCCUCUGCCGCCCGCCCUCGCGCCCGUGAUCGCUCGCGCACUCGAGCGACACCCUCUGCCCUCGCUGCUCCUGGUCACCUGGUGCCUGGCGCGAGGCGCCCGCGAGAGGAAAGAGCUCUGUUCGUAUAUGCGUGUACAUCCAACGCUGUCUCGAGUCGUGACACCGAGCGCAGAUCUCGCAAUGUCGUCUAGAUGAUCCCGAACUGGAAUCUGAUUCUGAAAA